AUGAAAAUCGAAAAUGGCGUUCGGGUUGGCAUAUUUUCCCGCCAAAAUAUCUACGCUACAAUUAGUCUCUACUCACAAAGAAUGCGCAUCGGAGUGUCACUUGUUAGUCUGUUGCGGUUGCAGCUUGUGAAAGAGGAAGUCGGUCGCCUUCCUCAGUGCUUCAACUUCCGCGCGAAGUCGACUUCGCUCAUUCCCAACCGCCGAGCCGCCAAAAUACGCACUGAUCACCUUAUCCUUCCACGUCUUUGGCUUCUUGCCCUUUUCCUUUUCCUCCUCAUCCCGUUCCUCUCCCGGGCCGCACAUCCUCACAACCUCCCUCAGCACACCCAACUGCUCCUCCAGGUCCUUGACCUUGCAUUCCAACUCGCCGCAUUGACCACAGUCGUCGUCAACUCGGACGCGUCUCCCCCUGCCCUUGACACCCGUCUGCACAGCACCCGAAAUAUCCUCCCCAAAGCGGUCGUCCCGCGGACCUGUAGACGUGCUCUCCGUCCUGCUUCUCCUCUUCGACGCGCUCCUCUGACUUGCGAGUUCAGUCCCUAA